CCGCCACGUCUCCACGCAUCCUACGGGAGACGGAAUUCGCUUACGACCCAAAGGAACUGCUCUGACUGUGGAUACAGGGCCGCGCUCCGGGCAGGCGAAGGGCGCCUGGGGUCCAGCCAUGCCGGGGCCGCGGGUGGCCAUCGCCCUGCUGCUGCUGCCGCCCAUCCUGCUGGCCACCUCGCCGGACAGAGGGAGCAGGGAGCUGCCGCACAGACACGCCGAGUGGCAGCAGCUGUGGUACUCCAACUUCGAGGAGUUCCAGCGCCUGACGGAGCCCAGCUUCGACAACAACACCAUCAGCAACAUCACGGUGCAGCUGGGCGGCACGGCCUUCCUGCACUGCCGCGUGCGCAACCUGGGCGAGAGGACGAUCUCGUGGGUGCGGCGCCGCGACUGGCACAUCCUCACGUCGGGGCUGUCCACGUACACCAACGACGAGCGCUUCCAGGUGCUGCACUCGGAGGGCUCGGACGACUGGACGCUGCAGGUCAAGUACGUGCAGAAGAGGGACAACGGCACCUACGAGUGCCAGGUGUCGACGGGCACCGGGAUCAUGUCGCACUUCGUGAACCUGCACAUCGUGGUGCCCGAGGCCUUCAUCCUGGGCAGCGGCGAGCACCACGUGGACGUGGGCAGCGGCAUCAGCCUCGUCUGCAUCAUCGAGAAGAGCCCCACGCCGCCGCAGUACGUGUUCUGGUACCACAACGACCGCAUGAUCAACUACGACACGUCGCGGGGGGGCAUCACCGUGGAGACGGAGCCCGGCCCCAAGACGCAGAGCCGCCUCACCAUCAGGGACGCCCACGACACCGACUCCGGCAACUACACCUGCAGCGCGUCCAACACCGAGCCCGCCUCCAUCUUCGUGUUCGUGUCUGAAGGUGACAAAAUGGCGGCGAUCCUGCGGAGGAAGACCUCUUCCGGUUCCGGCGUGGACGCCGUGCUGUGGUUCGUGAUCCUGCCGCUGGCGACGCUGGCCGCGAGAUAAGCAGGGUUGCCAACUCCGCCACUCGCUCGGCCCCCGGGGUCACGUGGCUUCGAGACGCGACCAGUCAGGAGCCGGAACAGCUGCGACCGCCGUCGAGGCGUAGUGAAUACACACAUACAUACAUAUAUAUACACAACACACGUGUUCCCCUUGUUUCAACUGUCAUGUUUAGCUUGUCUGAAAGUAUUAAACUCGUUUAGUAGUGUUUAAAACCUGACUGGAACUCCGACGUAAGAUUGUUUCUUGAACAUUUUAACCUCAAAUACCGUGUGGUUGAAACUGGACUUCAGCUGAUGUGAGUUAACACAAAACUAAACAACUGAAGCUCUUUUUUCCAGUUGCCGUACAAGUUGAAGUUGAACUGGGAGUUGGUUAUUAUUAUUAUUUCAUAUUUGAUCCAAAAAAUUGGAUACCACAAUUUUACUACGGAUCAGCGAUUCCUAAACGAAACCAUGAGUCCAUACAUGUAAAUAUAUUAGAGAACAUUGGGAAUUCUUUUUGGAAAGUACUAUGUACUUGACAGUACAGCCUAUGUGUUUUGAAUGCUGGAGUGAACAUGUUGAUUAUUUGUUGUAUUUGUCCCAUAAAGUGUAUAUUUUAAAUUUUUAUGAAUUUGUAUUCUUACUCUGUUUGCAUGGAGUUGAAUAAUCACUUACGAAAAUGCUUCGAUUCAAAAGUUAGAGUUCACACUUAAAAGUAUUGUAGAUAAAAAAUUUUUAGCAUUGCUUAUUUGAAAAAUUUGUAAAUAAUGAAGUUAUUAUAAUGUUGCAAACACUUGCUGUGUAACAGAAGAACAUUCAGUCUACAAUUGUUAAAAAAUAAUUUUGAAUUGGUUUUGUUUGUACAUUUUGUGCUUGAGUUAUUUUUUUAACUUGUUUCAAAAUUGUGUGAAGAAUGUGUAGUGGAUUUUUAAAGUCAUAGCUCACUUGAGUUUAAAAUUAUUAUUUGUGACAUUUGGGAAGUGUACAUAAGGAAUAUCUUUUUUUAAUUAGUUGAUAAUAAAAUAGUGACUUUAAAACAACGUGGUUUUAAAUAAAUCUGAGAUAUUGUUAGAGUUGACGAAGGUGUCGAAAUUACUACCACAAAACUAUUGACUGUGUGUUUUCUUUGCGAACGUUGGAAACUGUGACCGUGCGUGUGUGUGUUCAUCAUAGCGCCCGUUUCAUGAAGGAUUGUCUUGGGAAGUGACUAUACUUGAGGAUUUUUUGAUCAGGGUAAAAAAUAUAUAUAAUAUUAAAGGGCAGUGGCAUUUAAAGCGAUCGACGCAGGUAUGUAUUUAGCAUUUUUUUUUUUUUUUAAAUCUUGUGGAAUAAGAAAGAGUGAGAUACGUUGGAACUUUGAGCUAGCAGUAUCUAUAGUGCUUGGAUGUGGCUGCAGGGAUCACUCGCAUUGUUCUCGUAUUGUAAAACAGUUUCCUCCUGAUUGUUUUUAUCUCGAUGUACUUCAUGACUCUCCAGUGUCACGCUGGCGAACGAGUGACAGUUGGGACCCAGUGUGAAUACACGUCUCGUCAAAUUGUGUCCUCCGCCGUUUUCUCAGUCACCUUCAAAUUCAUUCAAUAAACUACUAUCUAACAAGUAUAUACAUAUUAUGUAAA